AUCACAUCCGGCCAGACCCUACAUUCUCUUGGAUCUGUUAGAAACACUUGUACUUGGGUCUGUUAUUUCUUCACUGUCUUCUUCUUCUCUGCUCAGGAGCAGUGGGUUUAGAAGGAGCUGACAGAAGGACUGCUACCAUGGCUGAUGGAGAGGGAUCCACCUGUCUUAUGGUCAUUCUCAUCCUGGGGAAUAUUUUUGGAGCUGUAAGAUUUGCACUUGAUUUUAUUCCUAUAGUAACUGUAUUUUUAAAGUAUUGUUUAAUCAAAUGGAACAAAUGGUAGACAAAUGGUGUGCAGAUCUAUGGUGUUUUCCUAAACACUAAAAUCCAGAAGUUUACUACAGUACAUUAGCAUUGCUUUCUGUUCCCUUUCAGCUCUAUACUGUACCGGUUAUUGCCUCUUUCAAUUGUAGGAUCCUGGUAUAAUAAUGGUUUACAAUUUGUUAUAACAACUCUUAAUAUAUAUGUUAUUACCUCUUAUAAUAGGCAGCAGGUCUUGCCCUUUGCGCUCUGGCCAUCUGGGUUGCAGUAGAUGGAUACAAUCUCUACCCUAUAUCUGAUGUGUCUGGGAAAGAUGACAUCUUUGCUGGGGCCUGGAUUGCCAUUUUCACAGGCUUUGCCUUCUUCUGCAUGUGUGUCUUUGGUAUCUUGGCUGCUGCGAAGAAGAGCCGUGCCUUAAUGCUAACAGUAAGACUUUGAAACUAAAUUCAUCACAAUUUAUUUGGUCACAGAAGUUCUUCAUUUGUUCAUCUGAACACUGCUUCAAAAUAUAUCAUUCAAGUGUAAUAUACUGUAUGCCUAUAUUUCUUUCCCUGUUGUUCUUUUCAAUUAAAGGAAACUAUUUAUUUUGUGAUUUUUACAGUAUCUGAUCUUGAUGUUGAUCAUCUACAUAUUUGAGUGUGCCUCAUGUAUCACUGCAGUCACCCACAGAGACUAUGUGAGUACAUGGGAACUGGGCAACUUGGGGUACCUUCACAUUGUUUGACAAGCACAAUGCUAGAAACACACAUUUGAAAUGUAUUCUCCUGUUUUGUCUCAUCCUCACCUAUGUGCUGUUUGUAGCUGGUUGGAAACAGUAAUCUGGUGAAGAAGCAGAUGCUGAAGUACUAUACAGCCGACGGUGACUCUGGCAGUCGGAUCACACUGACAUGGAACAAAGUGAUGAGAGAGGUGACUGGUCACCAAAUCAAAGGAAUCUGUCAUAGGAUAAUCUGACCAAUCAGAGCCCCAACACACAUUCCAAACAGACGACUAGCCCAAAGACAACUAAACCUAGGUUAUUGUGUGGAGUAUAUGUUAGGAAAAGGUAUCACCUUCCACUAACACACACAUGCACAUUCAUACACACACAUGCACACACCCUUGGCAGUAGCAGAUGAAUUGUCAGCUCUGACAUGACAUAGCAUGCCCCUCUCUCUCCGUCAUCAAUGCCAGAGUCCCACUACGUCUCUGCUGGGUGAACUGGUUUGGACAGCCCCAUAGUGUGGGAAAGACAAGGGAUGGGAUCAGUUUACUGCACAGGGACAGAAACAACCACUGUGUUGAUGUAGCUAGGAUAAAGAAUGUAGAUCAGAGGGCCACAGUAGACAAUUGUCACAGUAAACAUAUGUAUCAGUUCUACAAUUCCUUAUAAAGUAGCUCACUCAGUUUGAGUGAAGUGAGUUUAGUCUGUCACAAUAUCAGUUUGACCACUGACUAACUAAACUAGUCCUGUUUGAUUGAAGAAUCUUCCUCACCCAUGUAUUGUUUCUACAACAUCCUCCCUUCCCCUAUUUCAGGUGGGGUGUUGUGGAACAGACAGCCCAGUGGACUGGAUAGAGUACAACUCCACCUUCAGGGGGAAGUUUGGUACAGACUACCCCUGGCCCAUCCACUGCUGCAAGAGGAAGAACAACUACGAGGUGGUGAAUGUGGAGGCCUGCAAGAUCGGCCAGAACACCACCAUGUUCACUCAGGUGAGAAAACCCCAUUCCCAUUCCCUAACCCAUAAGAUAUUCUCUGGUUCUCUGAUUCUCACUUGAAGGCUCAGUAUUUUAGUAGCUCAUAACUGCAGAUCUAGGAUCUGGUUAUACAGUACCUGCCAUUAAUUAUAACUGUACUGUAACUAAUAACAGUAUGAAAAAUAUCUGACCCUGUACAGUAUCAGUGGUUAGGGGUAGUUUCACCUCCCACUUGAAGUAAGCACAUUGUUGCAUGUCCUUGAACCAACUUGGCACAUGGCUAUCCUGUUUACAACCUCUAUCUUUCUACCCAGGGCUGCUUCAACCACAUUGAGUCUGUGUUCAGUCGAUAUACAUGGGCUAUCAGCUGGUAUGGUUUCGCUGUGCUAAUGUUUGUGGUGAGUUUUCAGUUGGUCUACUUAGGUUGGUAAAUAGUUAAGUAUUCAGUUGCAACAGUGUCAUUACUCGAAAACUGUUUAUCUGACACUUUUGGAUACUACACAACAUACAGUAGAGACAUUAUCAUAACAUAAAGUCUAACAACACUCGCACUUUCUUGCUGUAAGUCUAACGUUCCCUUUUCUUUAUUUGAUUCAGUUCUGGCUGUUGAUCCUGGCCAUGGUGUACUACCUGAAGCUAUGAGAAGUCUGGAGGUGAUGUCUCUAACACAUGUUUUUGACUUUCUGCUGAAGCCACACCAACCCUCAAUUCAGCAACUACCUCCUUUCUUAAAUAACAAAUGAUUGUGGUAAUGAUGACAGAAAAGUAUUUCUGAUAUAUAGAGAAUUAACACUGUGUAGGGAUUUUCCAUGUUUUUAGGUAAAUGGUCUCGAAUUUGUAUAUUUUAUUUAUGUUAAUUUUCUUAAUGGUUUAUUGCGCUGUAAAUGCUAGAUGAACAAAUGGUGAUUGGUCCGAGAACUUCACUGUCCUAACUGCUUUGGUAAUGGGAUAGAUAUAUAGUUCUUAUCAUAGAAUGUAAGAGAAAAUGAUUCACAUGACUGUUGUACAUUUCAGAUUUGUAUACCCUGUUCCAUUUCUUGUUGAAUUGUGUUAUAUUAUUAACAGAGAUCAAAGUUCAGGGAUUCUUGAAAGUCAGGACAAUCCU